UACAUGCGACCCGAUACCGGUACUUGUGCUAUUAAAAUAAUGUGACAACUUGAAAUAUUAUGUAUUAAUAUUCUCUGUUAAGUGGUUUAUUUAAGUUUUAACUUGUAAGUAUCCCAGCUAGUAAUGUGAUCAACAAAUUGACAUGGCCAUUUUCAUGUGCAUUUGCCUUCAGCUCUGAUCAAUACAGCAAUUUGAUACUGUCAUAUCUGAGUUUAAAUCAUGAAUCACACCGAAGGUGCCGGUGAACCCCCAGGGCAAGGCCUGGUGGGAGUCGCUAAUCAUUUUGAGCAUGCUAACAUAGACGUAGCAAACUUUGUUCUUCCAGAUGGUCGACCUAGUAAAGAACGAAGAGAAACAUUGGAGAAAGAGUUCAUUGAUGGCGUGAAUGCAAGAUCUCGAUGGCUUGCCAAACCAUCCAUUAUGAAAGGGUAUGGAAAUGAAUUCCUGGAGCCAAUUAAUGAAGUUGCCCCAGAAUUAUCCAAAACUAAUUUCUUUCGUGGUGGCUGCGCAUUGGAUGAAGUCGAAUAUUCAGUCAUAAAUGAAAGAGGUAGACUCACAGCAAAAGAAAAGAAAAAAGAAAUCUCUGUUCAUCUUGAAACUGUACAUUCCAAUGGAAGAUAUAUUGUUUUUGUUGGUGGGGCAGGAAGUGGGAAAACAACGCUUCUCAAACGUUAUUGUCUUUUAGUAUUGGAGGGUAAAAUUGAAUUGAUGAAAGAAGUGAAAUUUAUCCAUGUUAUCAAUAUUAAAGAUUGGUCUUUAAAAAAUGGAAAGUAUACUCCAAAAGAAUUACUUUAUGCUAUAUUCAAUGUGGCUAGCGGCGAAGCCGUCAAAUAUGGAUUUGAAUGGCUCAAGAAUCCUGAAAAUCAGAAGAAAUCAUUUUUGGUAUUAGAUGGUUUGGAUACUGCCCCUUGGGUGCUGAGUGAAGAUAUGCAUCACAAUAUGAUUAACUAUGAUGAUAAAGCUCCUGUACCAGUUAUUAUCUACAAUAUUCUAUGUGGAAAUCUAUUUCCCUACUGCAAAAUAUUGUUGGCAUCCAGAGAAUACGGCAUAAACAGAUUACCUAAAGAAAUAAGGCCAGAUUCAACAAUUGCUCUUAGAGGUCUUUCACGAAAUUCUAUUAUAUCACUGGUGAAAGACAUUGGUAAAGAUAAAGGAGGUAUCAUUUUGGAAUCUAUGUUAAAAAAAAUCACUCAAACUGAUGCUUCUUUGCUCGACACCGUUAUUUCUAAUAUUUGUUAUUAUCUUGUACAUCAAUGGAGAAGAUAUACCUGAAAAUCUUUCAGGGCUCAUUAUGACAAUACUAAA